AUGGCAGCGCUCAUUGCCCUGAUCGGGCUGCCAUUGAUGCUGUCAGGCAGCGCAACAUGGCUCAUCAAAAUGGCCUUCAACCGAACACAGCGCCAGCUUCGAUCCCACGGUUCUACAUGUGAGCGCCUCGAGUGGCAAGAUAUUCCAGACGGAGAGCUUCGUCGAGGAGAAGAGGAUCUCAAUCCUCUGAAGGCAAUCAAGAAGGAUGUAUCCUACUUUUCGCAUAGUGACACAGACUGUUUGGGUUCGACCUACGGAAAUGUGUUUCAAUGCGCCUGGACUUCUGCGCAGCGACGAGAUAGGCGCGUUUUUAAGCCUUAUCAGCUUAAUGCAUCAAAGCAUUAUGUCCGCACCGACCGCAAAACUCUGGAGGCCUUCUUGUUACUUUCGCACACCAGCCGCAUUCAAUUCCUCAAUGUUGAUGGAAUACUUACUGCUCAUUUGCCUCUAUAUCCUGGUGGACAGCAGCACAGUCGCACGAAACAUGAGGUGGAAAAGAUUCUUCAGGGAUACCCGCCAUUCUACCUGCAGAGAAUCAAAGUCACUGAUACUACCACAGUCUCAAGUCCCAUAUCAUCUGCCAAAGACAUCACUCGCGGUGGCUGGAUCGUUGGCGUAGGCCUCGAUUCCGACCGGACGCCGCCCCUCAGUACCCACAAUAUGGAAUCUGGUUUCUCUCCUCCCAGAGGCUGGAGUGCACAUGUCCGCAGUCCAUUUAGUUUUAGGGAAGAUGAACCAAGUCCAUGGAUGUCCACGGGCAUGGUGUAUUCUGUUAAUAGAUUUGGAGAAGUCUUGAGCAAGCUUCUUGUACAAUUUCCUGACAACGAGGCUGUCAGAACUGCAGUCCGUUUUUACGAAGACUUGACAACUGGAAAGACUGAUCCAGGACCCUUAUCUUACCCAUUUGAUAUCAUGCAAGGUUACCCAGUAUUUCGAGAGCUUGUCUAUAUCGAUUCUGAACUUGAUCCGUUUCUGCAAACGCCGAUGCGUCCGACGAAUUCUUAUGGAUCAAAGCUCAGCAAGGACCAGUGGGAGUUGGCUAUGAGUGCUUUCAAUCACAGAAGUCCUCUUACGCAAUCAGAGUUGGAGCUUUUUAGAGACUUCAUGCUUCCUAUUUUGCUGGCUGGGCUGGUCGGACUCACCCGUGUCUUCUUGCUUGGUCAUUACCGGUCACCAUCUCGAGACUAUAGGCGGCUGCAAGACCUCCCAGAACUGCUAGGUCGCAAGUAUGUAUAUCUAACUGCUUGCGAGCCAGAGGAGGGAGAUUGA